AUGGCGAGCAACGGUCCGACUGGUAGCUCUGGACCUGGCGCUCCGGGCAACGAUGCAUGGGACGAGGAACACCUCGAGCAGGCGUUGAACCAACUGAAGCUCCUUCAUAUUCAGCUUAGAGGACUGCGGACGACGAUCCCACGAAUGAUGGAACCUUUGUCAGCUCAACAACCAUCUCCUCAAGCCAAGUUUAGUGCGUUCAUGGGGUCAGUCGCCGCGGCCAAGAAAGAGGUGCAAGACUUUCAGGAAUUACGGAAGAGUGAGGACAUGACCAAGAUCAUGGACCACGCAACAAAGCGUAGGCAGGAAGAGCCCAACGGCAUUAAGGCCUGGCGCACGACGGAUCACCCAGACUGGAUGAAUGUAGAACCGUCGUCAUAA